UUUAUUUUUAACUAUAGCAUAAUAAUUAUGCCAAUUAAAUGUUUUGUGCCUGUGUGUAACUCAGGUUUACCCAAACAAAAUAAAAUGAAUAAGCUGCAGGGAAUAAAACCGCCUUCAAUAUUUCAUCCUCCUGAGAACAUGAUUGAUACUUGGAAUGUAAAAAUUCCACGAGCUGAUAAGUUAUUAACAAAAAAAGAUGGAGUAUGUGAUCUACAUUUUGUUUCUGAAGAUAUUAUUUCUCAUAAAAUUUUUGAGGAUAAAGAAGGAAAUGAGAUAAAAUAUGAGUUUAAGAAGGUUAUUUUGAACCCAAAUGCAAUACCUUGUAUUUUCCCUAAUUUACCUUCUAAUUUCAACAAACCAGAAAAAAAACGAAAAUCUCCAAUGGAAAGAUCAAUAAGACCAAAUAAUGUUAAGAGGAAUAAACCUAUUGACAUAAAUAUUGGAAAUCAAACAAUUGUUAGCAUUCAAUUAGUCACUGAAGACACAGUUAAGAAUAUAAUUGAACCAUUUAGGUAUAAUGUUCAUACUGAUGCAAAUAAUAUUAAUCUACCAGGUGCAAUGUGGGGGAUGCAUACUGAUUAUUCAGAAAAAACAAUUUUUACUCAUAUCAGAGGUCUUUUUAAUGAUAAAUGUAUUAUUUUCAUUACCCCUAAUGUAGCUAAAGUAUUUCUAAGAGAGAAAUAAACUCAUAUUGAAAAACGUG